AUGUCUCAAAAGAUAGAAGAGAACAAGGAUGGAACUGUGUCUGUCAGAGUGGCUGGUGCAGAUAUGUUUGACGACGAUGAACAAGACACACUACAAAAGAACAAGUCUAUCAUUGACCAACUCAAACCUGCCCCCUUCACUAUACUAAAGACAUUUACUUCAAGAAGAAAGGCUCCUCCUCCUCCUACUCCUCUAACACCUAAACAGGAGGAUAAUUAUAAUAACAACAACGGUAGUAGUAAUAAUAAUAAUAAUAACUCUUAUUACUCUUCACCACCACCAUCUUCUUCUACAUCAUCAUCUAAUAUUACAAGUCCAUCAUUUGGUAGUCCUUCAAGUAGCCAAGAAAACGAUUACGACGGAGGAUUCAUAUCAAAACCAGAGAGACAAUCAUUUAGUCAAAGAAAGAAACAAAAGACAGUGUCCAACGAAGAACGUGUACAAAUGGCACAAAAAGGACAACAAAAGCAAAUGCAAUCGGUACAACCAGCAACUGCAAAGUCACGCGCAAAGACAUCCAAUGCAAUCUCACUCGAUGACUUGCUAAUGCAAAAAAAAGAAAGAAAACCAGAGCAAGAAGUCAUCUCUUAUGAUGAAAUGAUCAAUCAACAAAAUGAAACUAAAAAGAAGAUAUCUGAAUCUGAUUUAAUUGAUAAAGAAGAUUAUCAAAAAUUAUCAAAAGUAAAUGAAAGAAAAAGACAAAAGAAAAUAUUAUCUUACUUGUUAUUAAAAGCAAGACCAGAUUUAAUGAUGACAGAAAAUCCAAAUCAAAUGUGUAUAAAGGAAAAAGAAUUGGAAUUACCAAAGGUAUUAUCUCUAUCAAAGGUAUUGGAUUCCAAUUAUAUACCAGCUUCCAAAGCUGAAUCUGAUUUAAUUCAAGUAUUUAAAAAUACUGGAGAAAGAACACCAUUUAAAUAUUUUAUUUUAAAUGGUUUGGAUUAUUUAGUUGGAACUUUUGAUACAAUUCCAAAAUUUUUAUUAGAUUUAUUAUUUUCUUAUAUUUGUUUUGAAAAAGAUGAAUUAACAGUUUAUAAAUCAUAUUUGAUUCUAUCAAAAUCAAUCAAAAAUUCAAAAACCAUACUUUUACCAUUCCAAAGUUUAGUGGAUGUUUUACAAGGUCAUUAUAAAAUCAAUACUGAUCAAACUUUUAAUGCUACCAAACCUUCAAAUGAAUCAACAAGUAAUAGUAGUGCUUCUACUACCGCCGCUACAGAAGAGUUAAAUAAUAUGGAUAAACAACCAAAACGAUCAUUCCCAUUCACAAAUCUUUAUUAUAUUUUAACUUUAUUAAAAGAACAAUCACAUCAAUUUAAAUCAGAAGAAUUAAAACAUUUAAUUUUAUUUAUUUGUUUAUUAUGUUUGGAUCCAAAUUUCCGUAGAAGUAAUCAACAAGAUAUGUUGCAAGAUUUUAUCGAAGAUGUUGAUUUGAAACAAAAACAAGAACAAGAACAAAAGGAAUCAGCUACCAAUCUUGCAUUGGGAACUACUAUACUCCAAAUCCUACUUUUACUCCCAACCCUUCUCAAUACUCUAAUCGUAUCAUUCUACAACACCUUGACAGUUGAACAAUCGGCCGAUGAUACAACCAUCACUCUAUUUGAUGAUAUUUGGAGUUCACUUGACGAAAAAUAUAUUUACAGUCUAUCAACUAUUGUUUCCUACGUUUUACCUUGUCACGGUAAAAUUAAACAUCCAAUUAAAAUUGAUCUUCAAAGAAAAUUUGCUUUAUAUUCAAUUUUAAAAAUUUUAAAUAAUAAUAAUAUAAAAGAAAUUAUUUCAAAAAAAUCAUCAAUGGUUGAAGAAUUGGUGGUUAUACUUAGACCAUUUGUUCAACAAAUUAAAGAUGAUACUAUCGAUGUGUUAAAGAUGUUAAAUUUAAUUGUUUUGGUUGAUAUUUGUUCCAACAGUCGAAAAGAGUUGAAUGAACUAAAGAGAAAGGAUAAAAUGAAUCCAUUUGAGCAAUUAAUUGUUAGAUGGUCUGGAAAAAUUAAAGAAUCAAAAGAUGCUAUUGAUUUUAAUAGAACUAGAAUGAAAGAUGGAUUAGUUUCAAUUCAAAGUAAAUUGGCAGCUUUAAUUAUUGAUAAUACUUCAACAAAUAGUUUCUUGUCAAGUUUCUUUAUUCAAAAUGACCCAACGGCAGAAACUAAAAAAGAAAGUUUAGAUCAAUUUAUUCAACCAAUUGUUAAAUCUGAUGAUCCAACAAUUCCAAGACCAGAACAAGAUGAAACUCCAAUGGAAGAAGAAAAGGUUGAACAAAAAGUUAAAGAGGAAAAAGUAGAACAAAAGAUGGAAGAAGAAGAAGAAAAGGUUGAAGACAAAAUUAAUUUAACUCAAGCUUUUACAGAUACAACAACUCCGACUAUUAAUAUUGAUCAAAAUAUGAAUGGUGGUGAUACAAAACCUCCACCACCAUCUCCAAUGAAAAAAACAAGACAAACUUCAAUAACCAGUUAUUUCCAACCAAUUAGCCAGAGUGGAAAGAAAUAA